UGUUUACGUGCCAGCUACUUUCCCUACCCAUCUGUCAUUCACAAUGUUGCGGUCACUCGCAAGGUAUCAUCACUUGCCCGGGCCAUGGCGCCCAUCAACCCAAGAGUUCCUCACCCCAUCGUUAAGGCUGAGAAAGGAUCAAAGUCAGAAUAGGCUGCUGCCCAAGGUCGCAACCGGGAUGGUUUGUUUCAACGUCGUGUGUCUUCGACAAGGGCUCCAUUGGACCAUAGGUUUCAACUCGGCUGCUUUAACCGAAGGACGCGAAAUUGUCAGUCUACGGCAUGAAGCAGCCGAUCGAGGUAGCAGGACACCCAGUUGUAACCAAGAGGUACCAAACCCAAACCCAAGCAGACACAGUUCGCUUGUUCCUUUUUACAUUCUCCUCCCCAGCGAGGCAAGAACAGCUGGUCCAACUCCCUCAGCAUCGUGCAUUGGCCUCUCAUUACGACCAAUACAGUCCGGCCUGGUUCGUUCGUUAAGGCAAUGUGGCACAAGACAUGCACCUGGACAGACAUGGAAUAGAAAACUGGAAAUCAAGGAAAGGAGAGAAUAAGGAAGAUAAAUAGAUGAGCAUAGAAAAUAAAUAUAAAAAAGUAAGAGUACGGCGUAGAUAGACGAGUAUGACAGAAGCAAAGAGAAAAAGGAAGUAAGAAUUCCAGAAGGUCAAAGUGAAAGCAGAUGAAGUGUAGAUACCCAGGUUCCACGCUAACCAACCAGGGUUGAACUGUGUAUACCAAUGGCGCAACUGCCGAAGCGGCUGCGCACCGACCUGCUGAUUACCACUUGAUAUACUUCGUACUUCUGAGUUCAUGUCGCGAACUGGGCAUCUGAGCGACGCAGCAUUGCCGGUGAUGAACCUACACUUCAUUGUCACGUUG